CUGAGUUUUGUUUUUGCUCCUGGGCCCACACGUUUCUAGAUAAGCUAUUGAGUGAGAUUCAAAUAGUUCUACUGACGGUCAAUAAGGCCUUUUGACUCGAAUCCUUUAAGAGGACGUUCAAAAUUAAAACAAGCGAUGUUAAAGUCUGGAAAUUAGUAGAUACUGUUGGAAUGAGUGCGAUAAAUAUGACAAGUUCAGAAAUGUUGAAAGCCAAUCAUCUCAGAAAAUGGUUAGAAGAAAUGGAAGAGAUAAAAGAACCUGAAUUGUACAGAACUUUUGAAAUCUGCCAAGAAGUUGCUCAAAAUUACAUAGGUGCACCCAAUACAACCUGUUACAGUACAAAAGAAGAAACUCUUCUUUAUCGGAGUAAAAUAGUUAGCCUGUUUCCAAAUUUAAGGCUUAAACCAAUCAAACAUAAUUUGACUAAAGUCAAAAAGCAUACAAUAAAUUUAAAAGUAAUAAUAAUUCAAGCUAAGAAUCUAAGACCAAAAGACGUAAACGACAAGAAUGAUCCGUACUGCAAUUUAUGGAUAGACUCCACCAAAAAACGAAGAACGUGUAUUAAGAAACAAACAAUUCAUCCAUAUUGGAAUGAAGAAUUUACUUUCGAAAAUAUUUCAAUGGACGAUUCAUUAACUGUAGAAGUUUGGGAUGCCGAUAGUGCAAGUAUAGCCAGUGCUGCCCGAGAAAUUACAAAUGUUAGAGGAAUCGAUACGUUUUUCAGAUAUCUGAAAGAUGUAGUCGAGACUGCAGUACCACUAUUAGAAAACGAUGAUUUAAUUGGAAAUGUUGUUAUUCCGAUAAAGGAAAUUCCGUUCGUUAAUAUAGAAGGUGACGUUACCAACAAUACGAUAUGGUACAAUCUCAAAUUAAACGAAGAUACGAAUGGCUCUGUACUUAUCGGUUUUGAAUUUCAAGUAAAAUCAAAGCAAAAUAUUAUUCAAGAUUUAAUUGAUCACAGUAAUAUGUGCAGAAUUUUUCUGGAAGAUCAUUUAAAAGAUUCCGAAUUUACGUCCUAUAAAACUGAACGGUUAAAUGAAAUUUUUGAUCCAUCAGCUUGGACUUUACUGAAACAACAUUCUUUGCAAGCAAACCUCUUUCCAUUAUCUCACUAUAUUUGUUUAUGGAUACGAAUAAGCAAAAAAAUGCAAAAUUUAAAAACUAAAUAUAAUUAUAAUAUGUGUGCCAACCUUCUCAGAAAAGUAAAGAAUAUCGCAGAGAAAGUUACAGUAGAUCCAUUGUUGCAGACAAUAUUUAUUGAUGAUUUGAAAUGUUUUGAAGAAUUUUGUAUGAAGGAUUUAAAUUGCUUACAUACAAAUUUUCAUAUAAAUGGUGAAGAAAAGCAUCGCAUCCAAUCAUUUUUUGGAUUGCUUGAAAUAAUGAGUCGCUUUCUUCCCGAUAUGAAAGAAAAAAUGAAAAUAGCUAUCCAAAUCGAUGCCACAAACUCGUAUAAACUUUCAAAUGAAUUGAAUUCGGAUAUCACGGAUGAGCAGGAACAAGAAAUAAUAACAAACAACCUAAAAGAUUUCACAAAAAGUCUUGAAAUAUUGGAUGGAAUAUUUAUCGACGUGUUUUCAAAUGAAACUUACAGUGACCAUACUUGUUACGUCUUGGACAAUCUGUUGAGUAAGAAGAUCCGUCCCUACAUAGAGAAAUUCGUACAAAACUCUGUCACUGAUGUUAAGAGAGAGAAAACGUUUAAAUUAUAUUUAACAAUAAAAAGUUUCGUAGAUCACAUUCUGAAAAAUAUCUCCAGGAAUGAAACUCAAUUACAAAUGAAGCAAUAUCAGCAGUGGUUUGGGAAUGAAAUUAUGCAUGCAUGGUUUCAAGACGGCGUCCAAUCCUGCAUAAAUUGGAUCGAUGACUCUUUACGAAUGGAUAAACUGGAGCCUAUCAGUAACGAUGUGCAGACUGGAACUUCUUUAAUGGACUUGAAUGAUUCACUAUUUCACACAAUUUUCACAAUAUGGGAGAUAUUAGAUUGGUUUGACAUUGCUGCAACACGGAAACUAAUCGAAUGUUUUAACGACUAUUUCAGUUACUACACUAUGCAACUGGUUACAAAAUUGGAAAAAGAAAAUUAUUAUACACCAAACAAACCUGAAAAUUCUUUCAGGCCGAAAUGUUGAAAGAACCAUUCCCGGACGUCAGAAAAGGAAUAGAGGAUAUCAGUCGGGAAAUUGUAGACAAAAUAGCUCUUAAUAUCAAGAACUCGCUAUCGAAUAUAAAAAAAGCCACAAAUGAAAAUCGCAGAAAAAAGGCUAUACACCAUUUGCUUUAUUAUAUCGAAAAUGAUCUCAAUAUGACUUAUAAAUGUUUAAAUUCGAUAGUAUAUAAAUCUAUAUUAUUUCAAUUGUGGGAUGAAAUUAUAAAAAUACUGCAAACUUCUCUUAAUGAAUGCAAACCGAAGAUUCCCAAGUUUUGUUCAAUGUUUCUUUGCAAAAGAAGGUUGAAAACUAAAGAUCUUUGGGAGAUAUCCGAAGGAUGCCUGUUAAUAUUCAAUGCGAACGAAGGUUUAAGUUAUUCAGAUAUGAGGAAUGAAAAUUAUACGAAAUUCAAAAGUGAAUUGGUUUAUUUGGAUUUAUCUCGUAAAAACAAUAAGAAGAUAUCAUCAUAACAAUAUUUUAUUGUAAAAACCGGUA